CUGCCCCUCCACUUGUGCCAAGGAAUGUGCCUGAGAAAGGAGGCUAGAACAGCGGGUGGGGGAGCCUGGGACAGAGCUGGGCCCAGACGGGGUCCACGGAGCCCGGAGAGACAGCUUCACAGGACUCCAGGGUCCAUCGACUGUGACUGAGGUAGGGAGGGGGGGCAGCCCCUCUACCAGGGGUGCCCCCCCACUGAGCCACCAUGCUGAGCAUCAAGUUACCACAGCUACUCCGGGUUCAUCAGGUCCCUCGGGUCUUCUGGGAAGAUGGAAUCAUCUCGGGUUAUCGCCACCCCACCAGCUCUGCCCUGGACUGUGUACUCAGCUCCUUCCAGAUGACAAAUGAGACUGUCAACAUCUGGACCCAUUUCCUGCCUACCUGGUAUUUCCUGUGGAGGCUCCUGGCCCUGGCCGAGGGUCCUGGCUUCUGGUCGGAGCCAUACCACUGGCCGCUGCUGGUGUUUCUGCUGCUCAUCUGCCUGUACCCAUUCACGUCCUGCUGCGCCCACACCUUCAGCUCCAUGUCACCCCGAGCCCGCCACAUCUGCUACUUCCUGGACUAUGGUGCCCUCAGCCUCUACAGCCUUGGCUGUGCACUCACCUAUGGAGCCUAUGCCAUGCCUUUUUCCUGGCUCAACAGCCCCCUGCAUCAGCUAUUCGUGCCCACAGCCGCAGUCAACUCCCUCCUGUGCACCUGCCUUUCCUGUUAUUCCAGGUUUCUAGAACUGGAGAAUCCGCGGCUGAGUAAGGUGUUACGCACAGUGGCGUUUGCCUACCCUUUCUUCUUCGACAACCUCCCGCUUUUCUAUCGGCUCCUGCUGUGCUCCAGUGGGGGUUUCAGCUGUGGGCAAGAAGCUCUGAGUGCCAACCACAGCUACCAUCUGCUCUGUGCCCUGCUCACUGGCUUCCUCUUUGCCUCCCACCUCCCUGAACGUCUGGCACCUGGCCGCUUCGACUAUAUCGGCCAUAGUCACCAGCUGUUCCACAUCUGUGCAGUGCUAGGAACUCAUUUCCAACUGGAGGCGGUGCUGGCUGAUAUGGGGGCACGGCGGGACUGGCUCUCAGCCCAUAGCCCUCCCUUAUCCCUGGCAGCCACUGUGGCCACCAUGGGUCUUGCUGUGACUGGGAACCUGAUUAUAAUUGCCAUCUUCACAACAGCCCUGCUUCGUGCCCCCCAAGCCUGCCCCUUGUUGCAAGAAACCCAGCCUGAGUCAAUAGGCAGGGCCAAGGGGGAAUAAGAGGAGGAACCUCAGAAGGUGCUUCUCCCACCAUCUAACUCCCCAGAUUCCAGCUCAAUCAGCUGCCACCCUUCUCCCCUGUAGUCUUUUCAUCUCUAGGAGAGAAGUAGAUAAAGGACCUAGGAAUCCAGGUGCCCAGAUCCUGACUCAGCUCUGGAGACUGAGGGCAGAAAGUCCUGAGCCUAUAAGAAAGGGUAUGAAAGGAGAGGAAAAGACAGAAGAGGAAAUGGGGAUUGGGAGAGGGCAGAGGGACUGGGAUGCAAGGGCAGGGGAGGAGAGGGAGCAGGAGACCAGUUGUUUUGAGUGGAAGUAGGUGCUAAGGGUGAGAGAUGGGAUGGAUUAAUGGGAGAAGGCCCAAGGAUCCCUCAGGUCCCCAAGAUGUGUCCAGCUCAGGGGGAUGGGUUCAAACUGAAUUUGCUUUUGAGCUGUAUAGAAAAGAUCCCACAGAUUGGGUCAGAGUAAGGUGUUAUAAAGAUAUUAAAGAUUCUAAUAGGGGCCCCAUCUAUUAGAUUAUUAUCUGGACCUAGGUCAGAACAAUUUAGAGAAAGUAUUAGAGAUCAUUAGGUUAUCAAAUAUUAAGAUCAGGAUCAUGCAGAGAAUCUGGGUUAGUCUUUGGGGAAAUAACUGUCUUUAGGGACCCUUGGAGUUCAGGUGUUCAAUGAUCACCUCUUCCUGAGGAAACUAACGCCAUUAAUUUAGACUUCACCAAAGGGGCCAUCCUUUAACCCCAAUCUUUGGGACCAAACUCACCUAGCCCUCUGACAUGCUGAAAUGACCAGAAGAUGAUCAUCUCCAAGCCAAGAUGAGAGGUGAAAUGGAAAAAGGAACCGAUGAUUGAUUCCUGGGAGAAACUGGACUGAAAUAAGUUACAGCCCCCUUGGUAUGUGCACCUGCUUUACUAGCACCUACUUGCCAAUAAAGAUUUUUCUCUCUCUCA